CCCCUCUCUCUCUUUUCAUUUCCCAGCCGCAGUGUUUGCUUUGCUCAGGGGCUUCUGCGUUUUUGUCAUGACCGCCUGAACCAGCCCACUCUGACCCGCUCCUCUCCUCCUCUUCCUCCUCCCUCCACAAGCCUGGCUCGUGUUCCGGAGGGGCUCGUUUUGGAUUAAUUUCUUAUUUCCACAUUCAUGUCGAUGUUCAGACAUGCAGCCUCCGCCGAGAAAGGUAAAAGUGACGCAGGAGUUGAAGACCACUCACACGGAGCAGCUCACCCGACUGCACCUUAAACACCAGACCGAAUGUGAUUUACUGGAAGACAUGAGGACGUACAGCCAGAAGAAGGCUGCGCUGGAGAGGGACUACGCACAGGCUCUGCAGAAGCUGGCCAAUCAGUAUCUGAAGAGGGACUGGCCUGGCAUCAAACCGGACGACCAGCGGACGGACUACAGGAAUGUGUAUGGUGUGUGGAGGGCGUAUCUGGAGGGCACAGUGCAGGUGACCCAGUCUCGACUAUUCGUGUGUGAAAACUACAAGAACGAGAUUUCUGACCCGGCCAAAACCGUACGGCUUUACAAAGAGCAGCAGCUGAAGAAGUGCAUCGAGCAGCUGGGCCGGAUCCAGGCUGAACUACAAGACUCAGUGAAGGACCUGGCCAAGUCCAAAAAGAAGUACUUUGAGCUGGAGCAGAUGGCCCAGGCCGUGCGGGAAAAGGCGGACAUCGAAGCCAAGUCAAAGCUGGGGCUGUUUCAGUCCAGGAUUAGUUUACAGAAGGCCAGCGUCAAGUUGAAAGCUAAGAGAAGCGACUGUAACUCCAAAGCCACUCAUGCCCGGAACGAAUACCUGCUCACCCUCGCUGCGGCCAACGCACACCAGGACCGCUACUACCAGACUGACCUGGCCAACUGCAUUAAGGCUCUGGAUGGUAAUGUGUAUGAUCACGUGAAGGAUUACUUGAUGUCGUUCUGCCGGACGGAGUUGGAAGCGGUCCAGGCUGUCCACAAUACGUUCCAGUUUCUCCUGGAGAAGUCCAGUCGAGUGGUGCAGGACUUCAACCAGCAGCUGUUUCUACAGGAGAAUCCUGUUUUCCACAAAGUACAAGACUUCCAGUUUCAGCCUUGUGACAGUGACACGACUCUGAGCUCCGUGCAGCAGUUGGUGGACAUUGAGCCAUCGGCGGUCAGUGUGAUGAGAAUGACCUUGGCCCAGAGCCGGCAACUGGAGUCAGAAACGGGCACCACCGAGGAGCACAGCCUGAACAAGGAGGCGCGGAGAUGGGCGACCCGCGUAGCCCGAGAGCACAAAAACAUCAUCCAUUACAAACGGGCACUCGAAGAAUGUGAGAGACAGGGGACCCCUCCCUCAGAGCAGAGCCGCAACGACCUGGAGUUUAAAAUAGAGGAGGCCAAAGAGAACAUCCGCAAAGCUGAGACGGUAAAGCUGAAGGCAGAAGCUCGUCUGGACCUUCUUCGGCAGGUGGGCGUUUCCGUGGAUACGUGGCUGAAGAGUGCCAUGAACCAGGUGAUGGAGGAGCUGGAGAACGAACGCUGGGCGUCCCUGCCCUCCCUCACUACCCACGACCCUUCACUCUCAACCACAGUGGAUUUGGACAGAGAAGAAGGAGAAGAUCUUGAAGAAAACAUGGAGGCAUUUGAUGACAGCAGCUCCAGCCCUUCAGGAACCCUGAGGAACUAUCCGCUCACCUGCAAGGUGCUCUACUCCUACAAGGCGUCUCAGCCUGACGAACUGACCAUCGAUGAGCACGAAAUGCUGGAGGUCAUAGAAGACGGAGACAUGGAGGACUGGGUCAAAGCGCGGAAUAAAUCAGGUCAUAUUGGCUACGUGCCAGAGAAGUACCUGCAGUUCCCCACCUCUAACAGCUUACUGAGCAUGCUCCAGUCUCUGGCUGCCCUGGACGCACGUUCACACACCUCCAGCAACUCUACGGACCCUGAGCUGGCCUCGGGCAGCAUCAACGGAGACGCCAGCAUGAACUUCGUUAAGGCCAUAUAUGACUAUGAGGGACAGACAGAUGAUGAGUUAUCCUUCCCUGAGGGUGCGGUCAUACGGAUCCUCAAUAAGGACAAUCAGGAGGACGAUGGAUUCUGGGAGGGAGAAUUUAACGGCCGUGUUGGUGUCUUUCCAUCCGUACUGGUGGAGGAUCUGACUGCAGAGAACGGAGACAUACACUGGGCCUCGGACACUCAGGUGUCGUCAUGUCCCAGGCUGACAUCAUCACUGCCCCCGUUACCCCUGUAUGAGCAGCCACCCUGCAGCACCUACACCAGUCCAGACUCUGGCUCGGCCCCUAUGCUGCCCCGCUCGCCCUCCACCCUCAAUGGAGAGCACAAACCACCUGGCCUGCAGAAGGCACCCGCCCACAAUCACAGUUCCAGUCUGAGUCCGGAGAGUCCAGGCUUCUCCCAGCCGCCCAGAUUCACCCCCGAUGCGUCCGGCCCAGGCAAACUUCGGCCUGUUCGUGCAGCCCCACCUCCCCCAAAACAGCAUUCUCGCAGGCAGGUGGAGAAGACAGAGGAAGUGGAGAUCACGCUGGUGUAACAGCGCCGCCCUUCUGGUUGGAGGACUCAUCUGCACCUGACCUCAAACUCCUCCCACUGGUAUCAGAAGUGAAUGCUAGUGGUACUACUCCGCAAGGAGGAGGAUUGCAUCUCAAAGCCCCGCCGCCUCUACUUUUUUUUUUUUUUUUUUUGUCCUGGAAACACCUCUUCUGGCGUCACAGACUGUUUGGUGCCUUUAACCCUUUUCAUGCCAAAUCCAGUCCUUGUAUUUGUAAUCGUGCACUGUUUUAAAGGCAGGUCUCAACUGUGAUCAUGAUCUUGUUCAUAUGAGUGGGUCUCUGGGGUGGUUUAGACCCACAAAACGCCACAAAAAAACAACACUUGCUGACCAGUAUUGUGGCUUUACCUGUUCGAAUGUUAUGCUGUGCAAACGCAAGGCGGCAGACAAGGAUGAAUCAAGCAUUGUAAAGGUAAAUAAGGCUUUACUUGCACAUAUACAUAUCAAGCAGGCUAUACAAUAGCAGAAAUGCAAUAGCAGGAGGGGUUGGGGCACAUGUUUUGAGAAUGGGGGCUGAUUGUAGUAGGUGUGGGUGACUAAGAUUGCCCUGGCUUCAGCCACAGUGUAGUCCUACCGUAUGUAUUUAAUGUGUAUUAGUACAGUACAUUACUGUCGUCAUAGGAAUGUUCAGAAUAUGUGCAACAUUUCCUCAUAUAAUGUAACUGAGUGGACGCUUUUCUUUUUUCAAAAUGUCAUAGGAUGUCAUAGUGUUGACAUGAGGAGAAAGGGAACUGUGGAAUUGUGUAUAAAAGAGUAAAAUGGUGAAAAAAGAGGGAGAAAGGGAGGGAGGGAGGGAGGGUUAGAGUAGGAGAGAGAAUGGAAGAGAAUGAAGGCGGGAUCCUCCAUUUGCUUUGUUUUUUCCCCUCCUACCGCACCCUCUCUUUCCUCCAGCCAAACGCAUUACUCCUCUGUAUCGUGUUGAUCCGAGUACAGUACUAACUUGCAUAGACAUUAUCCUUUUCUCAGCUUUUCAUUAUGAAGACUGGCAUUUGUACGUAUUACUAAUAUUUAGUCCUGGAAAGGAAGCGUGAGUGGAGUUUUUCAGACGUGUUAAUGCGCGUCAUCGCUCGGAGUGACCUGUCAGGCGAACGUUGGGCCUCGGCGUCACUUCACGGCCGAACCUGUUUGCAUUAUGCCAAUCAAUUUACAAGCAUUAGUUAAAAGUGCUUUAAUUUCCUCUCCUAAUUCAUACCGCGCUCUCUCGUCACAUUAACCAUGGCUGAAACUGAAUGGAUGUUUUCAGUCCUGGUUAUGUUCAGCUGCCAGAGAUGUGUUGGGAUGAGCUACGCAGGACUGUAGGAGGGAAAACUGUGGAGCUGUUUCAUUGUAAUGACUAGGAAUUGGCAUUUGAACCGCUGUUUUGCUGUUUAUAUCUCCUCAUUUUUAAUAAAUAUCAUAACAAGAACAUCCUUCGUACCUGCACUUAUGUGAAAACAUUGAAAAGACGAAACUUUUCUUUCUAAUCUGAAGUUGUGUGCAAAAAUUUGGGCACCCCUGGUCCAAUGACAGUUUGCUUAAGUUUUUUAAGUCAGAAUUCCACACAUUUUACUGGACAAUUACUCUUUAUUUGCUGGGAAAAAAAACAUAAAACAUGGCUCGUUUUAAAUUUACUGCACAUUUUAUAUUUUAUGUCUUAUUUUUUUCUAAUAUGUGGAACUAAAUUUGCAAAAAAAAAUAUAUAUAUAUAUAUGUAUAUUUAAGCUCCUUCCCUGUAGAGCAUUUGUUAACUUAGUGUCACUUAGAAAAUCACCAAAACACAUGAUUUAACUCGACAGAGGUUUUAUGUAGAACCAUGAACACUGAAAGAACCAUUUGCAUGCUUAUAUAGCAAAAAGGGUUCUUCUGUUGUUACACGCUUGACAUCAUAACAAUAGCAAAACCCUUUUUGGAGCUACACAGAACCAUUUUUAAAAAGGUUAUACAUAAACCAUAUACAUCUCAUUCUCUUAUCACUCAGAAGAAUCAUUUUACCAUGCAAAGAACACUUUAAGCAUGCAGAUGGUUCUUUGAGUGUUCAUGGUUCUUUCCAGAACCAUUAUCUUUACUAAAGAACCCUUGAAGAACCAUCUUUCAGAGUGUACUGUGCACAUGCCUUAUUCAAAUAGCUCAUUAAGUAAACACACAUAUAUAACAGAACUGUCAAACAGUUGAAAUAUUAAAGAUUAUUCAUGAUUAA